AUGCAAGAUCCAGCCACAGCCCUAGAGAACUUUGAUAAGGAAGUUGAAUGUAGGUGCUCCUUUAUUAUAUCCCAUUCUGAAAAUUUAGUCAAUAAUAUGCUCUGUGCGCUCGAUCUUGCCUUAAUGGGUAUCCCAGAACCGGUUAGGAACAUGCCAAUGAAACAACUUAUGAGUGAUUAUGAUGGAGAUAUCAUAAAGGCUGCAGAAUCCUAUCAGUGUAAUGAAAAUAUAGAUCAACAGCAGAAGAAAAAUCAGCAUCAAAAGCGAAGAGGGCGGAAGCCUAGAUCGCCAAAUAUUCCCAAGCUAUAA